GAAUUCUCACACAAUUUUGGCAUAAUAAUUCAUCCUGUAAUAUAUAUAUAUUUUUUUUUUCUGAAGAUCGAUCGCCAUGGCUGAGGAGCACCACCACCACCACCUCUUUCACCACGACAAAGAUGGAUCAGAACAAAAACCUGUUGAUUAUGAGAAGGAAGAGAAGCACCAUAAGCAUCUCGAGCACCUAGGCGAGCUUGGUGCUGCUGCUGCAGGAACUUAUGCCUUGCAUGAGAAGCAUGAGGCAAAGAAAGACCCAGAGCAUGCGCACAAGCACAAGGUAGAGGAGGAGAUUGCAGCAGCGGCCGCAGUAGGCGCAGGCGGCUAUGUGUUCCAUGAGCAUCAUGAGAAGAAAGAGGCAAAGGAAGAAGAAGAAGAGGCUCAUGGAAAGAAGCACCACCAUCUCUUCUAAGUGUGUCUUAAUUAAUUAAAUAUCUAUGUCGGUUCUUGCGUGCGUCAUGUUAAUCGAUCGAUCCAGGCCAGAAAAAGAAUAUCUCAAAUAAUAUUUCUGAGUGAUCAGUAUCUGAAUAUGAUUGAUCGAUCUUCUGGGAAGGAAUUAAAUUAAUGUCCUUUUUCUUUCUUGUUUCCUGAGAGGCAAUCAGUUCAUGAUAAUCUCUUGCUGUGUGAAAUAUAAUGAUCAUGUCAAUGUUCAUAAUAAAUUAAAUAUAUAUGUUGUGUGAUAUAA